AUGAGAGCAGCAGCAUGUAUUGCAUUUGUCUGUGCUCUCAGCUUACACCUUUUUAACCCACCAACGCUCGUGUCUGCCUCGAGCUUGGAUCGACGAGACGGCAUCCCUUCCGCCGCUGCCGACGCGGAAAAUAUUGUGCCCGGCAAGUAUAUUAUAGAACUCGAUUCUCCAGCUGCUGGUUCAAAACACAAACGUUCCCUUACUCCCCAUCAAGACUUUUACGAUGAACUUGCACGACGAGGCAUCUCAGUCGAGACCGGUAUCGAGUUUAACGACCCCAAUUUGUUCGUUGGCCUCGAAGUCAGCGUUGGCAACUCUGCCGAUCUGGAUGUCAUCCUCAGUAUGCAACGCGUCGUCGCCAUUCGACAGGUUCUCAUGAUGGCCAUCCCACCCCUCGUAAAGUACCAGCCCGUCAAUGGUGUGAACGACCCGGCUCUGCCACCCGACACUCAAUCUACCCAUGUCAUGACCGGCGUCGACAAGCUGCAUGCACAGGGCAACUUUGGUCAGGGUGUCCAAAUCGGGAUCAUUGACAGCGGUAUCGACUAUCUCAACCCAAGCCUCGGCGGCGGUAUCGGGAGUAACUUCCUCGUCAAGGGAGGCUACGAUUUCGUAGGCGACGCGUACACCGGAGGCAAUACUCCAGUCCCAGAUGACGACCCAAUGGACACACACCGAGGCGCACAAUUCUCGGUCGAGUCGCGGGCAUGCUAUGGCCAUGGAACUCAUGUUGCUGGCAUCAUUGCUGCGCAGCCAGGAAACAUUUACAACAUUACUGGAGUCGCAUACAAGUCAUCCAUUUAUGCAUAUCGAGUCCUUGGCUGCACUGGUACCGCGCAAGACCCUGUGGUUGUAGAAGCUCUCCUCAGGGCAUAUCGCGAUGGAAACGAUGUCAUUACGCUCUCUCUCAGCUCUGGUUCUGGGUGGAGCACUAGCACAACUGGUGUCGUUGCGUCUCGCAUUGCAAAGAAAGGACGAGUUGUUACUGCCAGUCUUACAAACGAUGGUCAAAUGGGUGCAUGGAACACUCCUGCUCCCGCGAGCGGAGACGAUGUCAUUGCCGUUGGUUCCGUUGAAAACUCUGUCCUCCCGAGUAUCAACGUAACGCUCUCCGAUGGCCACGCACCUAUUCCGUACUUUUCGCUCCGUGCUUUCCCAGUCUCAGGCAGCUUGCCCGUCUAUGCCACUUCGACGGACGUGACCAUCACCAAUGAUGCGUGCAACCCUCUUCCCGCCAACACGCCCAAUCUUGCUGGCUACCUCGUUGUCAUUCGUCGCGGUGGAUGCUCAGUUGCGACCAAGUUUGCAAAUGCUGCAGCAAAGGGUGCCAAGUAUUUCUUCCUUUACAAUGAUGGAAGCGCGCUUGGUAUCAUUUCUUCGGGAGGUUACAUUGCAGUUCUGAUUCGAGCGGAAGACGGAGUCUAUCUCGUCAACUCGUUUGCUUCUGGAGCCAAUGUGAAAGUCACGUUCUCUCCGUCCACUGCACCCGGCUUUACCGAGAUCCCGGGUGGAGGUCUCAUCUCGACAUACUCGGGUAUGGGCCCAACUUACGACCUGCGGAUCAAACCAGCCGUCGUCGCUCCUGGAGGCAACAUUCUCAGCACUAUCCCCCGUGCCUUUGGUGGCUGGGGUGUGUCGAGCGGUACCAGCAUGGCCACUCCCUUUGUCGCAGGUUCUGCAGCCCUCUACCUUUCUGCCCGUGGAAAGGGUGAUAAGACUGCUCGAAGUGUCAAAAAGGCACUCCAAAACACUGCGAUGAUGGUGCCCGCAUCCACGGCCGAUGGUGCGCCUUAUGUGAGCGUCGCUCAACAGGGCGCUGGACUCAUCAACGUGUACAAUGCCAUUCACGCACGAACCGUCGUAUCUACGAGCGAGUUACUCUUGAACGAUACUGCGUACGGCAACAAUGUGCAAAUCAUCACUCUCUCCAACCCCACCAAAAAAUCCGUCACCUAUACCGUCUCACAUACACCCGGUUUGACAAUCUCUACUAUCAACAGCGCCACCAAGCUCCCGUAUACCUCUCCUCUCCCCACGUCGUCGCAAGCCGCGUCCGUCUCCAUCUUGUCGCAGAAGUUUACCGUCUGGCCUGGCUUUUUCAAUGGCUUCAUUCUCAGCAUCCAGCCUCCGGCAGGCGUCGAUCCGAAAACGUUCCCCAUCUACUCCGGCUUUGUGACUAUUAGCUCGAGUCUUGGCGAAACGUUUAGUAUUCCCUACCUCGGUGUGGCAGCCAAGAUGAAGGACAUGGCCAUCUUGGACCGUACGGCCCAGUCCUUUGGCAUUCAACUCCCCGCCUUGCUCGACUCGGCUGGCAAAGUCCCCAAGCCAAACCAGACGUUUUCGCUCAUCGGCAACGACUACCCAGCAAUCCUCUAUCGUCGUGCAGCAGGUACGCCAUCCUUCCUCGCCGACCUUGUCAUGCCCAAUACACAAGUUCCUGGCGUGACACCGGCGGCGAAGAAGCGAGGUCUCUUCUGGAACUGGCUCAAUGGCAUCUUUGGUAACAACAACGGUCGCAUCACUGUCCCUUCUGGAUCCUUCUUCAAUGUCCCAACCGUGGGCCCCGUCCAGAGUUUCCCGUACAAGCCACGACAUAUCGUGGCGUCGGACGAGGGCAACGGAUACGAUUGGGUCCGUGUCACCAGCUUCUUGAACCGCACUGCUAUCCCCAACGGUACUUACCGUCUCCUCAUUCGAUCCCUCAAAGUUACGGGCAACCGCAACGUCGAGGAAGACUAUGAUGCCUGGCUCUCGCCUGUGUUCACCAUUGGCACUCCCUCAAACUCGACGACAACCACGUCGACGUCUACACCCCUCUCUACUUCCACCUCCGCCUCGACCUCAUCAUCGACUUCUACACCCGUGUCUUCUACAUCAUCUUCUACCGUAUCUGUUUGA